AUGGAAUCACCUGCCCCACAGCACAGCCUGGGCUACCUGCACGGCCAGGGCGUCAUCCACAGGGACGUCAAGGCCGGGAACAUCCUGCUGGGCGCCCCCGGGCGGGUCAAGCUGGGCGACUUCGGCUCGGCCGCCGUGGCCACCCCGGCCAAGUCCUUGGUGGGGACCCCGUACUGGAUGGCCCCCGAGGUGAUCCUGGCCAUGGACGAGGGGCUCUACGACGGCCGCGCCGACGUCUGGUCCCUGGGCAUCACCUGCAUCGAGCUGGCUGAGCGGAGGCCGCCCCUGUUCCAGCUGAACGCGAUGAGCGCCCUGUACCACAUCGCGCAGAGAGACCCCCCGGGGCUGAGGCACCCCCAGGACUGGUCGGAGGAGUUUCGGGAUUUCGUCUCUCGGUGUCUCCGGAAGCUUCCGCAGGAGCGGCCCCGAGCGCGGGAGCUGCUGCAGCACGGCUUCCUGGCUCAGCAGCGCCCCCCAGGGGUGGUCCCGGAGCUGCUGCGCAGAACCAAGAUGGCCGCCAGGGAGGAGGCCCCGCCCAGCCCCUCCCCCAGCGUUGGCAGCGACCCCCCCAGCCCGGGGGACCCCGAGGACGACGCCGAGGGGGGAGGGGAGGGGACCCCCGGGACCCCCCCGCAGGACGACGCCAUUUCCGCCAUCUUGUCCCCUCCGGCCGCCAUUUUGUCUCCCCCAAACACCCAAAACUCCUCAACCUCACCCUCCCAAAAUUCCCCUUUUUCCACCCAAAAUUCCCCUUUUUCCACCCCAAACCUCAUUUCCUGCACCCAAAACCCCCCUUUUUCCACCCAAAACCCCCUUUUAUCCCCUCCCUCAUCCCCCUCCACCCUUUCCCCUCCCCCUUCCCCUCCGGCCGCCAUUUUGUCUUCACCGCCUUCGCCCCCUCAAAACCCCGAUUUCCCCUUUUCCGACCCAAAUUUACCCCCCGAAAACACAAAUUUAUCCCCUCAAAACGCAAUUUCGCCCUCACAAAACGCAGUUUUAUCCCCCCCGGACGCAAAUCUCCCCUCACAAAACCCCGUUUUACCUCUGCACACUUCACCCUCGCCGGCGGCCAUUUUGUCACACCCCUCUGACAUUUUACCGUCCCAAACCCCCACUUUUUCCCCUCAAAACUCCACUUUUUCCCCUCAAACUCCCACUUUUUCCCCCGAAAACUCCACUUUUUCCCCCCCAGACCCAAACACCCCCUCAGAAAACGCCAUUUUGCCGCCCCCAGACCCCAAUCUCCCCUCACCCAACCUCCCUUUCCCUCAGGCCACCAUCUUGUCCCCCCCCACCGCCUCCGUUUUCCCGCCCAAACCCUCCGUGUUCUCCCCCAAAACCCCCGUUUUUCCCCCCAAAACGCCCGUUUCCCCCCUCAAAAUCCACCGCUUCGCCCCGCCGCGCCUCGUUCUACCCCCCCUCCCGCCCCUCGCCGCGCCGCCAUCCCCCCUUCCCGCGCCCUCCCUCCUGCCCCACCUCCUCUGCUCCCUGCUGGCCUUCGCCGCCGCCGUCCGCCCCUCGCCGCCCUCCCUCCUCCUCCUCCUGGCCGCGCUUUGGGCUCAGAAACGGCGAUUUCGGGGCUUCCUCUCCGCGCUGGAGUGCGGCGCCACGGGGCUGGCGCUGGCGCACGCCCUGCUGCCCCUGCGCCCUCACCUCGGGGGUCCCUCCUCGGCCGCCUCGGCCUUGUCCUCGGGCCUGGCGGCCAUUUUGGGCCUGGCCUCCAUUUUGGGCCUCAGCGCCCGGCGCCGCCGCCUCUACGUGCCCGUGGUGGUUCUGGCCGCCCAGCUCUGGCUUUCGCCGUGGUUGUUUUUACCUCUUUACGUCCUGGGCGAGCUGUCCCGCGGCGGCCGAGCCCACCGCUGGUGGCUCAGGGCGCUUUUGGGCUUGCCGCCUCCUCUCUUCCGCGCCUUCUCCCGCUUGGGUUUGGCCUCCGAGCGAGGCCUCUUCGCCUUCUUCCCCAAAACCAACAAAAUGAGGUUCAGGAGCCGCCUCCCGGUGCCCCAAAAACGCUCUCGGGGCGGCGGCUCCCCCUCCCCGAGCUGUUCCCGGCGCUUUUUGGCCGCCGCGGAUAAAUUGGGGAGGGGUUUUUGGGGUUUUUUUGGCGGGGUUUGGGGGUUCCUGAAGGGGAUUCCCGGGGGGAAAGCCGCCCCUCCCCCACCCAGCCGCAUCCCCCGCCCCGCCCCCCGGCCCCUCCCCCCGCCCCCCAAAAAGGGACCCCAAAGUCGGGGGCCCCUCCCCCACCCCGCCCCUCCCCCCCCCAGGCGGCCCUGGAGGUGAUGGGGGGGUGGGGGAGGGGCGGCCGGACACUACGGGACCCCAAAAACGCCCAAAUUUGGGGGCGAUUUUGGGGUCGAAACCCCGCAAAAAUCCCAAAUUUCGGGCAGGUUUCGGGGUCCAAACUACAAAUUUGGGGUCCAAAGCCCCCAAAAAGCCCAAAAAUCCCAAAUUUGGGGAGAUUUUGGGGUCAAAAGGCUCAGAAAUCUCAAAUUUUGGGGGAGAUUUUGGGGCUAAAACCCCAAAAAAGCCCAAAAAUCCCAAAUUUGGGGAGAUUUUGGGGUCAAAAGGUUCAAAAUUCCCGAAACUGGGGAGAUUUUGGGGCCAAAACCCCCCCAAAAGCCCAAAAAUCCCAAAAUUGGGGAGAUUUUGGGGUCAAAAGGUUCAAAAAUCCCAAAGUUUGGGGGAGAUUUUUGGGGUAAAAAGCCCAAAAAUCCCAAAUUGGGGGAGAUUUUGGGGCUAAAACCCCCAAAAACGCCCAAAAAUCCCAAAUUUGGGGAGAUUUUGGGGACAAAAGGUUCAAAAAUCCCAAAAUUUGGGAGAGGUUUCUCAGUCAAACCCACAAAUUUGGGUCAAAA